AUGCCCUCUCCAUUUCUGACGCCCGGGACCGUGGCGCAAGCCGACAAUGUCGCGCUUCUGCAUUUGCGCCGCGAUCAGACCAUUCCGACCAUUCUGCGAGCUACAGACGACCAAAACCUGGGCUACAAGGAAGGCAAGGUGUCAAACACUCGAUUCGGAUCGUUCCCACACAGCACCUUAAUCAAUCAGGCUUGGGGCUCCCAAAUUGUCGCCUCAAAGGUCGACACCGGCUCUCGGGGGCGCAGAGGACCUGGAAACAAGCGCAAAGCCGAGGAACUGGAUGCUUCGGGUACCACGACACCUGCUGAAGAGGAGAGCUCUAACUUGAAGAAGCCUGAGGCUGCGUCAAGUGGAUUUUUGCAUCUUAUGUAUCCAACGCCCGAGUCAUGGACCCUUUCGCUCCCGCAUCGAACGCAAGUUGUCUACACGCCCGAUUACAGUUACAUUCUCCACCGACUUCGCGCGCGCCCAGGCGGUACUGUCAUUGAAGCAGGAGCAGGAAGUGGUUCCUUCACACAUGCAGCGGUUCGCGCUGUUUUCAAUGGUUAUCCCACCGAAGAGACCACGGGAAAGAAGCGGAGGCUUGGAAAGGUGUGCAGCUUUGAAUUUCACGAGCAAAGAGCAACCCGCGUCAAGGAGGAGAUUACAGAACACGGGCUAGAUGGUCUUGUUGAAGUGACACAUCGCGAUGUCUACGAAGGCGGGUUCUUGUUGGGUGACCCCGACACUGGCCGCUCGCCCAAGGCUAGCGCGAUUUUCUUGGACUUACCGGCUCCCUGGCUUGCGUUGAAGCAUCUGGUCCGUAAGCCACCAUCCGGGGCCGAAUCCCCACUCGAUCCGAACACCACUACCUAUCUCUGCACGUUUUCGCCUUGCUUGGAACAAGUUGAACGCACCAUCCGCGUGAUGCGUCAGCUUGGGUGGCUGAACAUUUCCAUGGUCGAGGUAAAUCACCGACGAAUCGAUGUCAAAAGAGAGCGCAUUGGUCUGGAUUGCGAAGGGAUACGUGGAGCUACUGUCUUCCCAAAGUCAGUCGACGAGGCCAUGUUGAAGCUGCGGACAGACGAUGAACGGGCGAAGAGACUUCGUCUCGCUCAUAGCGACGGCACGAGGGUGGCCUAUUCGCCAGAGGAAGAUUCCACUAUGCCAAAGGACCAACAGCAGGCCACAUAUGACAUGGGUCGUCUCGUGCACCGGACCGAGUCAGAGAUUAAGACCCAUACCUCGUACCUGGUAUUCGCCAUUCUUCCUCGAGACUGGUCCGAAGAGGAUGACUUGAAGUGCCGGCAAAAGUGGCCGUCAAACAAGAUUGAUGCAGAACCCAAGCCGGCACCGAAAAGCAGGAAACAGCAGAAGAAAGAAUUUAAGGAGUUGCGUCUUCAGGAGCAGAAAGAGGAGAAUGAGGGAAGGCAACGGGAGGAGGAGCAAGAAAAGCAACCCACAGAAGGAACCGGCGACGUUUGA